AUGGUACCUUUAAAACAGAAGUUUCGGCUGAUCUCGCCAUACCCAGCAGUCACACUAAGCCGCAUCUCGCCAAACGCCCACCGCUGCAUCGUGAUGCUGAAACUCUUGAUUUGUCUCGCCGUUGUAACGGCAGCUCUGGCUGAUAUUGACGUGCGACUACGGCGACGAUCGACGAUAUUUCUGCCGUACACCUACGAGAAUGGUCCCCAAUACUCUCUGUCUGAAGUUGCCGUAGAACAACUUGCGUAUGAUUCGGACAACAAAAUUCUUUACACAGUCGGUGAUACAGUCGUGCAUGCCAUCGACGUGUCGAACCCCAGCCACAUGAUUAUCGUUGCCUACCUGGAGUACCCAGGCAUGGAGUUCACGGACGUGGAGUUCUGUGGGGGUCACAUUUUCACGGCCAUGGACAACAGGACAGACAGAACCAAUGGGAAGAUGAUAGUCUUCUCGGGAUACAACCCCGUGACCAAACGGAUCCGAGAAGUUCUGCAAGUACCAGUGGGCGCCGUACCAGACAUGGUCAAGCCGACGAAGGACUGUUCCAAGGUUAUAGUGGCUGUGGAGGGCGAGGCGUACGAGUACCCCCCAAACCAGAUCACUGACCCCCCGGGGCUCGUCGUUAUCGUCAACUUCCCCUCGGGAGUCGGGAGCAACAUGUUUGUCUCCACACUGAAUUUUGAAAGAUUUAAUGACAGAGUGCCAGCCCUGGAAGCGUCCGGCGUCCGUCAUGUGUACCGGGAGAACAACAACCCCUUCUCCAACGACGUGGAACCGGAAUACAUCGCCCUCAACGCUGACGACACCAAGGCAUACAUAAUGUUACAGGAGAACAAUGCUGUGGCUACUGUGGACCUCCUGACUCAGACUAUAUCGGAGGUGUACGGGCUAGGCUAUAAGAACUGGAGCUAUUUGCCACUAGACACUAGUGAUAGGGAUGACGGUGCUCACAUGAACGCAUAUACCAUCUACGGGAUGUACCAACCGGACUCGUUCGUGCACUUCCAGUUCAAGGGUGGGAACUAUCUCGUGAUGGCGAACGAGGGAGACGCCAAGGUCUACGACUAUGGCAGCUAUCAGUGGUCAGAGGAGGAACGUGGCUCCAGAAUUCCACCCCAAGAUCUCUAUCAUAUAGACUUCACAACCGAGGGACAACUCUCAGACAACAGCAAAUUGGGGAGACUCAAAUAUGGUGUAUCGCCAUCUGAAAAGGACGGCCAGGGGUUCCUGAGGGCCUUGUUUACUUAUGGAGGGAGGGGCUGGUCUAUCAGAAGAGCGGAAGACAUGACACUCAUCUACGACAGCGGCAACGACAUCGCAAUCAGAACUCUCCAACAACAAUAUGACCUGUUCAACUGUGAAGUUGAUGAUGAACACGAUCAACCGUACAACAGUUUCGACAUGAGAUCAGAUAACAAGGGCGUGGAGACGGAAGAUGUGACUGUGGGGGAGGUGGAUGGUUACACACUCUUCUUCGUGGCCAACGAGAGACCGGGUACCAUCUUCACGUACUCCGUCAAGGAUGACCUGAGUCACCCCAAGUUCCAACACAUCUAUACCGGCAUCCCCGAGACCCGAGGCAGGACUUGGAAGCAGAUGUAUGAUGACUGGGACCUCACGGAGAUCGACUGUGAGGAUAACAUGUUUGUCCCAGCGUCCAAGAGUCCCACAGGAAGUCCUAUCCUAUUCGUCGGCGGCUCCGUAUCAGGAACAGUGUCCAUUCUGGAUGUGGAAAUAACACCUAAUUCACAUUAGGUAGUGCUGCGUCCUUACAUAACAUUAUAUUACCUCUGUUCUAUGAAAGAGAGAGAUAUUUAGGCCACUUUUAGUAAUAUCCCAGCUAUAGCACGACAGGGAACACCAAAAAUGGUUCCAAUGUGUAGAAUCGAUCCCAGAUCCCGAUUCAGCUUGAUGAGCGAACGCUCUAACCUUCCCCUCAUCUUCCCGUUUAAGUCUCUAGUGCUCGUGGGUUUCACCGAGGUGGUAAACGUCUGAGACCUGCAUCACUUCGGGCUCUCCUCCCACAUUAAGCUGACUUGCCGUGACUGGAAUACUGUUAAAAGCGGCGUUAGACCCAACUCACUCACUCACUUUACCUUCAACAAGGAAGUCAAGUUUCCAAAGUUGGGUGUUACAUGGUGAAAAUAUGAAUGGUGAUGUUUCAGCCAAUCAUCACGCUUAUCAUGCCAUUAUGUAUCGGGAAUAAAUAAGAACUUUCGUCCACGUUCUAAUAAAAAAAAACAAUGCCUGUCCCUUGCCUCAAAUAGUACCAACAAAUGUUAUACUUGGGAUAGCACUUUCUUAGUAAAGUACAGAUUAUGUACGCCCUCGAACCCACAAUCUCAGAGCGAGGCACCAAAUCACAACCACACAAAAUCAGCGAUCUAACCCACUCAGCCACAAAAAAUGGAAGUCUGGCAAUUGGUGGUCUAGAUCACGUACUUUGUGUACCCCUCUGACAAGUGUAAACUUGCACGGCUCCCAUGGCCGAAAGCUAUGAAUACACAAUGCCUCAUAGAAAGUGGUAAAAUGUAACAAAGGACUAAAAUGUGUACUUUAAUGAGAAAAUGUUACCCAAAUGGAACAUUUGUUACAUUUGACCACUUUCCAAAAUGGCAUUGUGUAUUUAGUACCAUAUAUGUUAUCAAUAAAUAGUAUAAAAAAUGCAUCCCAUAUAAUUUUAGCGAGUUUAGAAUUGUUAAAUAUGACUCAUACUGUUUUACUGAUAUCAGUAUGUUAUGAUGUAUCCAUUUGUUGUAGAGCAGGGCAUGCUUACCCUUUUCCAGAACACCUGGUGUUAUCACUGUUUGUUUGUUUGUUUGUUUGUUUGUUUAACGCCGCACUCAGCAAUAUUACAGCUUAAUGACGGCA